AUGGCAUUUAACUAUUACUUCCCAUCUCUCCUUCUCCUUGUUAUCUCCUCUUCCUCUUUACUCUGCUUCUCCUUGUCCACUGUCUCCAUCUCCCACACCUCUAAUCAAACCCUCGUAUGUGCUCUCACCAACACCUCUCAUCUCCAAUGCACCAGCCUCCAAAACCCUAUCCCUUUCUCUUUAACCGGUACACUACAAAACCGUAGAUUCUCCGGAGUUGUGUCUGGAAACGGGUUUGUCUGCGGUUUGAGAUCACCACUAGGUUCCAACACUUCUACAAUCCUUUGCUGGAGAUUCUCAAAUAACGGAGAUAACAUGACGUACAAGAGAAUCUACAAAGGUCCUGAACUCAAAGAGUUAGAAGCUAGCACUUCUCGAAUCUGCGGAGUUGAGAAAGUCACCAACCUUACUCGUUGCUGGACACCUGUCUCUUUUCCACUGUCGGGGAACUACGACUCCAUAGCCAUCGGAGAAGACUUUCUCUGUGGAUUGUCCAAACCACCUGGAAGAAUCACCUGUGAAGGUAACAUAACCAACGCCCCUAGUGAAAACAGCUUCAUAGCGGUUGCGUCUGGUUCAAGACAAGCGUGUGCCAUCACAGUAAACAAUGAUGUAACAUGUUGGGGAGAAAAGUCUACAUCUCCCCCGAGUGAAAAGUUCUCAGCAAUUUCACUCGGGGAAAACGGUAUCUGCGGUGUUAGAUGGCUCAACAAAACAGUAACGUGUUGGGGAAGCAACAACAACAACAACGGUUUCACUUUACCUAAAAGCUUUGAGAAAAUCCAUUUCAUAUCCAUUUACGCGAAAGGGCUAAUCUUCUGCGGUGUGGUUACAUCAAACUACACUCUGAUUUGUUGGGGAGAUGAUCAGAGUGUUUUCACUCCGUUCCAAGACCAACCUCUACUUCCAGGACCGUGCAGACAUGACUGUCUGUACGGUCCCUUACCAGGAUCAGUUUCAUUAUGCGGUAACGGAUUAAUGAUUUGCGAUUCUAUAAACACACACAAUCCUAAACUUCCCGUUCCAGAUACGCCACGUGGACAACAAGAGACUAAAGACAAGACUUGGAGUAAUAAAAACAUUGCGUUUCUUGUAGUCGGAUGCGUUGGAACGUGUUCUUUACUCCUUGUUAUCGGAUUCUUAAUCUAUAAAAGUCACUUCCGAUGCCGUGUUCAUGACUCUGGACGUCUUGACGACAACAGGAUUAUAGUUUCCCAACCUAAGCUCGAGAAGAGGUUAAGCAGUUUAGCUAGCUUAGGAAACCACGGCCAGCUCGUUGAGUUCUCUAUAGAGGAACUCGCUCACGCCACGGAAGGUUUCUCUCCCCGGUUCCAGCUAGGUAUAGGUAGUUUCGGUAUUGUUUACAAAGCUGUUUUGUCCGAUGGACGUCACGUCGCGAUAAAAAGAGCCGACCUAACAAACCCUACCUUGUCGGGGAUCACAAGAAUCCGAAACAGAAGAGAGGAUAAUGACUCAGCGUUUGUAAACGAGUUAGAGUCUAUGUCGCGGCUUAACCACAAGAACCUUGUUAAGCUUCUCGGUUUCUACGAUGAUGCUGAAGAGAGGGUUUUGGUUUACGAGUACAUGCCUAACGGGUCUCUUUCAGAUCACCUUCAUAACCCUAGAUUCGAACCCUUGACUUGGGAGAGACGUUUGACGAUAGCUCUUGACGCAGCGCGUGGGAUACAGUAUCUCCACGACUUCGUUAUGCCUCCGGUGAUCCACCGUGACAUUAAGUCGUCAAACAUAUUGCUUGACGCCACGUGGACAGCUAAGGUAUCUGACUUCGGUCUCUCUCAGAUGGGUCCCACGGAGGAAGAAGACGUGUCGCAUCUCUCCUUACGAGCAGCUGGUACGCUCGGGUAUAUAGACCCGGAGUACUACAGGCUUCAGCAGCUCACGACCAAGAGCGAUGUUUACAGCUUCGGCGUUGUGCUUCUUGAGUUGUUGUCGGGACACAAGGCGAUACACAUGAACGAGGAGGAGAACCCUAGAAACGUGGUGGAGUUUGUCGUGCCUUAUAUUUUGCAAGACGAGGUUCAUAGAGCGCUUGAUAGGAGGAUACCGCCGCCUACACCGUACGAGAUAGAGUCGGUGGCGCAUCUUGGGUACUUGGCGGUGGAGUGCGUUGUGCCGUGUGGUCGUGAAAGGCCGUCCAUGGCGGAGGUAGUUAGUAACUUAGAGAAGGCUUUGGCUGCUUGCUUGGCAGCUCCACAGACCGAACCACUAUCACGUUCCGAUAGUAAUUAGCCACGUGUCGCUUUAUUUUUUUUGUUUAUAUUAUUUUCAAUUCUAUUGGUCUUCCUUAGUUGGUAUAGAAAUGUUAGCACAAGCAGUUUGAUGUGAAAGCACAAAAGGAAAAGCCAAUAAGAUACGCUGCUGCAUUUUUC